AUGGCAAGCGACAUUGCAUUCCCGUCGCCGGUUGGCGGUGUCCCAAUGACUUCCGACUUUGGCCCAUCAAUGUUUUUUUCCCUACUGUAUUUUUCCCUCAUACCCAUCUUCGUUGCCCGACUAUCUAACAAGCAUUCGCGGGCUGUCGUGAGCAUUAACGCGAUGAUUACAGUCAUAGAAAGAGUCAUAAUCUUCUCUCUACGAGCCUGGCAAUCCCGCAACCCAGCUGAAAGGAUAUCCCCCUCAUUGACGACUUACAUGCAAGUCUCAAUUGCUUUACCAUAUAUUUCCAUAGCGCACGACGUCGUAGUUCUUCUACGCUGCAUGUAUGUGAACUCUACAAAGGGACCAGCAGAUUUUACGGAUUCGCAAGAUUCACCCAUCGCUCCGUCGAUGUCAUCCUCUAUGCACCCUCUUUCCCCGUUUCACAGUGCUUCGCUUCAUCUUUCGGAUGACAUACUCGACGACCCAAAAAAGCGUUUUUUCUAUCGCUGGUUUACCGACGUGCUGAAUCUGGCCUUCCUUGUUGCCAUUAUCCCUGGUAUAAUUGGCAAUGUACAUUAUCGUGGUGGAAUGGAUAGCACAAGCACAGCCAAUGAGGUGAUGAUCACCAGGUACAUAAGCUCCAGUAUUGCUCUCUUCCUCAUACUUUUUGUGGGGGUUCUGGUUUUUCGCGCCAGAAAGCUACCCAAAGUGGAGCCCAUUCAAGCCGUUCUACUUCUUGUCAUCCUCGCUUGCAACGCAUCCUCUGCGAUCUUCCGACUGAUGUUUAUGUAUCAUCGCACGACCUCUCUUACGUCACUAGCCCCGGGCUCGGGCAACACUUCUUUAGAGAAGGCAACAUUCUAUAUAUUCCACAUGCUUAGCGACUGGCUGGCCGUCGCUCUGCUGCUCGUUCCGAAUAUCAGGGCCAUCUACAAGACGGGUAUGUGGGGGGACUUGAGAACCAUUGACCCUCCUCCACAGGAACAGGAAUGGGCAAGAAAAAGGAAGGAAGCCAAAGCGCGAAGGAGUAUCGCUUGA